AUGUUUCCCAACAUCAGCUCCCCUUUCCGCCUAAAGGGUGACCCCAAGAAUUGCGGUGAUCCAAGAUUUGAAUUAUCAUGUGAAAAUAAAGUGGCCUACUUCUCCCUCCAUUCUCACAAAUACUAUGUCCAAGAUAUCUACUACGACAGGUCCACCAUCAGGCUGGUUGAUGCUUCCAUAAACGAAGAUGACAUCUGCUCGUUUCCCACUUUUUCUAAAUAUGCCUAUCAGUUCACCUAUGCUCAUCCCAAUUAUCGUCUUUCUAACCUAUCCCCGAUCGAUUCCUUACCUAUAAACUUGAUAAGCUGCCCAAAUCCGUUGAAAAAUACAUCCCUUUAUACUGAUAUCACUAAUCAGUGUGCCUCUAAAUAUUCAUCCCAUCAUCACAGAUAUGCUUAUAUCAAGGUUGGCAAUAUGAUGGCCUCAGAGGUUCCAUACACCUGUGGAGUUGACCUCAUAGCGAUGAAAUCCACGAGUCCCUCUUGUUUGGAUUUGAACUCGGGAUAUGCCCCUGGCCGUGUGAGAGUAGUGAUUUAUUCAUCAUUAACUGGGCUACAGUUUCGAUCGAACUUCUUGUCGUCUUUGCAGUAUGACUCAGCUUCCACUUGCAGGUUUAUUGUGCGCAGUGGCUUCAUCACCUUGUUUGCAAGGAUUAUCAUAUUUCCUUUAGUGUGGUGGUUUUUAAUCUACAAAUUUCGAAGAAGGCGUUUGUCCGAAUAUAACACAAUAGAAUCCUUCCUCCAAAGUGAUAACAAACUAUCACCAAUCAGAUAUUCAUAUUCCAACAUAAAGAAAAUGACAAGGCGUUUUCGACAAAAACUAGGUGAAGGAGGCUAUGGUUGUGUUUACAAAGGAAAGCUUCAAAGUGGACAUGAUGUAGCAGUCAAGCUGCUGGGAAAAUCCGGAAGAAAUGGGCAAGACUUCAUGAAUGAAAUAACAACUAUUGGAAGGAUACACCAUGUCAAUGUGGUGCAACUAGUUGGCUAUUGUGCAGAAGGCUCUAAGCGUGCCCUCGUAUUUGAUUUCAUGCCCAAUGGUUCUCUUGAAAAGUACCUCUUCAAUCGAGAGGGAAUGAAUUCUUUAAACUGGGAUACAAAGUUUGACAUUGCCGUUGGAAUAGCCCGAGGAAUUGAGUAUUUGCAUCGAGGAUGCGACAUCCAGAUUCUUCAUUUUGACAUCAAACCUCAUAACGUACUCCUCGACCAUAACUUCAUUCCCAAAAUAUCUGAUUUUGGGCUAGCAAAGUCUUGUUCCGUAGAGAAGGAGGCUGUGACCUUAACGGCUGCUAGAGGAACUAUAGGGUAUGUUGCCCCCGAACUGAUCAAUAGAGGUAUUGGCGCAGUCUCUUCCAAGGCAGAUGUAUAUAGUUUCGGGAUGUUGUUGAUGGAAAUAGUGGGCUUAAACAAAGAGUUGAAGACAAACAAUGAUGAUUCAACAAAGUAUUUCCCAGAUUGGAUAUAUGACCACAUUAAACAAGGCAUAGAGAUUGAAAUUGAAAAGACGGGGGAAAGCUAUAGUAACGACGAUAAUAAGAGUGUUCGAAAGAUGACAAUAGUUGCGUUAUGGUGCAUACUGAUAAGCCCUGAUAAUCGUCCUUCAAUGAAUCAAGUGUUACAAAUGUUAGAAGCCGACGUCGAACGCCUGCAGAUUCCAGAGGUUCGAUCAUCACAAUCAACCCAAGUUGCAGGAAAUGGGGAAGAUGGCAGCUGGCUCACUGAUGCAACUGAUUCUGCAUCAUUGCUCCAUCAUGACAACGCCAGCAGCUUUGAGAUUACUAUCGCAUGAACCUCUUCUUCCCAAUCCUUCCUUCCUCCAUCCAUAUCUUCUGCGUGAGGUUUGUAAUAUCUGUUGCCUAUUUAUAAUAGUAUUGUAUUGCAAGAUGAAUUUUUAUAGGGGGCAAAAUGAUCCACAUCCAUUCUCAAAUAUAAAUGACAAAAUAUAAUGUUUGAACAAACAUGCGAGGCCAUCAAAAUUCAAGUGUAUGGUUUCUCAUGCAUUCUUCAUUUCUCAACUUCUCAUUAUUUAUUUAAGCCAAGGAGAGCUUUCCCUAUA